AUGCCGGUACAUCCGCCAGGGACCGUGGUGUCGGCGCGGAAGCGAUUUCUGCUUCCGCGCGAUCUUGCCGAUACGCUGCCGGUGUCGGAGAAUGAUGUGGUGACGGAUCUGACUGUUGUGGGUCGUGGGGUGCAUCGCGGGCGCCUGAUGUAUCGGCUUCGGCAUGAGAGCUUGGACGACACGUUGUUUACGGGCAUGGUGGCCUUUCAGCGCGCCAUCAUCACACCGGGCGUGGAGGCAGUGGCCACGGGAGCAGCCGAGACCACGGCGGAGGACGCGGUUGAGGAAGCAGACGUGGAGGAGGUGGGGGAUGAUUACUUUGAAGACCUUGUCGACGUGCAGGCCACGGCUGGCGCCCCCACCUCGACAACCGCCGGGGAUAGCUCCGAUUUCAUAGAGUGGACCGACCUGGACGCAGAGCUUGAUGGGUCCAUCGAUGGCGACAAGCGCUCAAGCAAACGUGCCCGCAUGCACGUCAUUGAUCCCCGCACGUGUUCACCGGCCGGUCUCUUUCGAGCUCUCUUGCCGCCGGAUGCCAUUGCACGCAUGCUUGCCGCGACCACGCCCCACCUCGAGUCGCCCCUCAGUGCCGACGAGCUCAUGGGAUUUUUCGGCUUGAUGAUGCGCUGCGCCGACGAUGCCCGGCCCAGGGAUGAUUUGUGGUCGGUCGAGAGCCGGUUCUACCCCAACCCGCCCGUCUCCACCAUCAUGUCGCUGCAGCGCUUCCAGGAGAUUGCCGACCAACUGAGCCUGUCCUUGGGCGAGCCGGACGAGGUCAAGGCCGUUGAGGAGCUGAUUGAUAGCUGGAAUGCCCGCAUGACCCAGCUCUUCUCGCCUUCAAGCACAAUGUGUCUUGACAAGAGCAGCGUGAGGCACCCGAGCGCCACGACGCCCCUCUUUCGCCUGCCUUCCACCAAACCAAACCCCACCAGCCAGGAGUACCACAACCUUUGUGAUGCCGAGACGCGGGUCAUAAUGCGGAUGGAAUUGGCCCGCGGCCAAGACGGGUCAGGGCCAGCAGCAAAGGACGAGCUGGACUUUGGCCCGCUUGGCGCGCUCGCCCUUCGCAUGACAGCCCCGUUCAAUGAGAGUGGCGCCGUGGUGGUCAUGGACAGCACCUUUUGCAAUCUCCGCGCCAUCGUGGAGCUGCGUCGACGCGGCCUGCUUGCAGUCACGCCGAUCAAGCAGCAGCAGCAUCAACAUUGGCCCCAAGACCUGGACGGUAUCGAAGCAGCGCACGCGGUGGCCAAGCAGCGUCCAAUUGGCAAGCUGUGUGUUCGGCAUGGAACAACCAAGACCCAGGUGCCGUAUCCCGUCGCUCACUUUUUGGUCAACUACGGCCAGUACGUUGUACAGCUGGUGUCGACCUACGGCUCGACCAAGCUCGGCCGUGCGCAGCGUAAGGUGCGCGCGGGACACAACGUCAUUGCGUUCCGUCGCAAUGAGGUUAUGGACGACUUUUACAGGGCGUGCGCGGCGGUCGACCAGCACAAGGAGCUUCGCCAGGACUUUGGUCACCGAUUGGAGGAGGCCUGGGCGCCAUCAAAGUGGACUCUGCGCCACCUCAGCCACAUUCUCUCUGCCACAAUGACCAACGCCUUUCUCAUCUGGUCACAUUUCGGCAACCGCACGCACGUCACCUGCGGUCAGUUCCGUCGUAUGGUGGCCGUCGAGCUCAUGGAGGGGGAGGGUGCUCGCCGAGAUGCCCAGAGGCGCGCCAACCGCGAGGCGACCGGUGCGGUGACCGUGAGCCACACCCUGAUCAAGUUGAUGCCGUAUGAGGCCGCGGCGCCCGGCAAGCGAACCAAGAAAAAGUACCAGCAGCAGCGCUGCGUGGGUGAGGGCUGCCCCAACUUGACGCGGAUGUACUUCGCAGUUGAGUCGGGCCGCCAUCUGAAUUCACCCACCGGUACAAUGGCAUCGAGUCGCACAGCAUUGACCAUCAACUUCAUCCUGGACGCCAUCGUCUUUGUGAUGCUGCUCAACGGUCAUGAGUUGGGCAAGGAAAUCAUCACCCAUGGAGGCUGGGCGCGUCAGUGUGCAGGGCGCGAGGGCACCUGGCCCGCAUUCAGCAACGACGCUUGCGGUGCCUUUGUGCGUGGCACUGCCCAGUUCAUCCUCAUCUUCGGUGUCAUGCGCCUGCUCGCUGCCAUGUACCCCAACGAACGUGGCGUCCGCUUGGGGGCCAUCAUCUCCUACCUGGCCGAGAUCUUUUACUUUAGCUUUGAAAUGGCCACCGGCGCCAUCAGCACCGCACCCGAAGAUCACACCCUGGACAUGUGCAUGACCCCGCCCUAUGCCGGUCGCCUCAAUACUUGUGCCCUCCGCACUGCCGUCCCCGCCAUCCUCAUUUGCCUCUCCAUGCUCGCCCUCAUCUUCAGCGAUCGCACUCGCAGCCCAAAGUCCAAAAGCCACUAA